UCUGUGUGUGUGUGUGCUCGCACGCAUGACCUGUCUGCAUAUAUGAAUGAGUGUGUGGUCUACCCUGACCUGCACUGUUGGGGUUGUUAAAAGUACUCAUGACCCGGGCACAAUGCACAACACUUAGCGCAGAGUCAGCUAAACACCUCUGUACCCUGUCAGUACCCGGGAUAACCAUACCGCUAGAGCCUAGCAACGCUCAGUGUACCCGCCCAUUGAGCGCUGCACCACCAAGUGAUACAGCUGCAAAACAGUGACGCCUGUACCCAGGGAAUCCACAAUCCACCCGGUCUCACCUCUAACCUCAUGAACCAGUUUCCUGUGGUUACCAGGCCACAGAAUCGCUGACGUGUCUGGUGGGGUAGAUUCGUACACGACCUUUACAGGGCCACCCACGCGAGACCUGGGUAGGCGAAUGCUAGCUGUUCAGCCAGGCGUGACUGUGUCUGGCCGGUACCCAGAGGCAGUGCGGUUAGACACCCGCAUGGACUAGAAGAUAACACGACAUAGUUGCGGACACCACGACAAAGGUUGCUACAGCGCAACACAGAGCUCUGGAACCGGACAGCUUGUAGAAACGGGAUGUUUGAUCUUUCCAGGGUGGAAGGAAAAGAAUAAUCAAUGUGCAUUAAUUCCCGGUCUUCAGGGUAGAACAGACACCGGCAAGCGGGGUGGUUUCACUUGCAGCUGUUUUGUUUUCAUGGACUGUCGAGUGUUGUCAGCGAGAAUUAUAGUCCUUCUGGAAUUUGUGUUGGCUAAGGAAGGUCACAUAACAUCGUUUAACAGACACAUCGGUGUUAAUUAAUAUUAUUGCCUGAUGACACUUCUAUUACGAGGACAGAGAGUGUGACUCGGGAUUAUACACGAGGACGACGAGCUGCGUUACCCUCCCCACCUCGGAGAGGUCAGGAACUGCUCAAUCUCGCCCUCAGGUCAUGUGAGGUCAGCGCCAGACUCGCUGUUACAGGAUGGUGGCUGCUGCAGCAAAGACACACCUGUGAUGAAGGAGAGAGACACAGGUACAGGUGUACAGGGAGGUAACUCGCCAUGCUAUCAUGUCCGUGCUGGAACUGGCGACAACGGUGGUCGCCCUUGUGGCAUGUAUCGUGCCUCUUCCCAUGCUGGUGAUGCACCUGGUGGCGCUCUGUUUCGGGGUUCGUUUCCUCUACAAGAAGGUGAAGAUGACGACAGACGAAAAGCUGCCAGGUGUGUCUAUCAUCAAGCCACUGAGCGGCGUUGAUCCAAACCUCACUAUCAAUCUCGACUCAUUCUUCCGUUUAAACUAUCCUCUGUAUGAGCUACUUUUCAGCGUAGAAGACGAGAAAGACCCCGCCAUUCUGGUCGUCAACAGUCUCAUCAGUAACUACCCUCGUGUCGACGCGCGUCUGUUUGUCGGUGUCGACAAAGUAGGCCUCAAUGGCAAGGUGAACAAUAUGAUGAAGCCGUACAAGAUGGCGAAACACAACCUCCUUCUUAUUUCUGACAGCAAUAUCAAGAUGGGAGAGAUGAUGUUAAAAGAGAUGGUAGCAGAAAUGACCCCGGAAGUUGGCAUGGUCCUACAGAUUCCCUUCUCCUGCACCAGGAAAGGGUUCGCUGCCCUCUACGAACAGAUGAGUUUUGGCACGAUGCAGGCCCGAAGUACACUGAACGCUGCGGCCAUGGGCUUCACGUGCGCCACCGGGAUGUCCUGUCUCUUCCGCCGGGACGUCCUGGACCAAGCGGGGGGCCUGGCGCCCUACGGCAAGUACCUGGCUGAAGACUACUUCAUGGCCAAGGCCAUUAGAGAGCAGGGUUACAAGGUUAUCACAUCGCCGUCGCCGUGUUUGCAGAAUAGUGGGCACACCUCCAUCACAAACUUUAACAACAGGCUGAUUAGGUGGGGCAAGCUGCGCACCGCCAUGUUGCCCCACCUUAUCGUGCUGGAGCCGCUGUCUGAGUGCGUCUUCAGCGGGGCGCUGCUGGCGUGGGCUGUGGACUACCUGACGGGCUUCUCCGGACUCACAGUCUUCUUGCUGCACGCACUCGUCUGGCUCCUCUUCGACUACUGCCUCUUCUGUAUCAUGCUGGGGGGACCACUCCGCUGCUCCAAACUGGAAUUCCUGGUGGCGUGGAUCUUACGAGAGAUGAUGGUCCCCUACAUUGUGAUGAAGUAUCACAUCGACCCCAACAUCUCCUGGCGGGGUAAACGCUAUCGUCUCAAGUGGGGAGGUGAGAUCGCUCCUUCUGACCCCACGACCUUACAGCAAGUGACCGUGGUGUGAGCCAGCUCCUCCUCCCUUGUGUCUUCCUGUUUUCCAUUUGGUACCAAGAGGUACAGAAUAAGGAGAAUGGACUGUGUGAAUAUGGACAAGGAGCCAGAUGUGAACAAAUUUAACUUACUUAAAAAAGGGCAUUCUUUGUAGAAACAUGGAUCAACGCAGAAGACACACCCACCUGUGGACUGGUAUUUAAACAUUAACAGGGAGACACCUUCUGACAGUAUUAAGGACCAAAUACAUUGACAGUUGUAGACAAAAUGAGAUGUACGGAGUAAAAAUGAAGACACUGGCAUCACAGUCAGAAGACAGUAUUCAGCAUCAGCUGGUCUUCUGAAACCAAGGAUGAAGAGAUGAAAUAAGGUGAACUCAUCAUUUAAAGUAUUUAACUCUAAAGUCCAUGAAAUCUGUAACAGAUGGAGACGUACCUUAAAUGAAAAGCUUUAACUGUGAUACUUACCUGUUGGUUGUGGAUGUUUCGCUGUUGGUACUCUUAUAAUGGCUAAAAUGUUCUGUCUUCGUUUACUUUAGCUAAUAAGGUGUAGGAAUACAACUGGACACCGAUACUCGUAUAAUAUAUGGCUAUAAACGUAAAAUAUAUGGCUAUACAAAAAGAAGCAAAUAAAAGACAUCUACAACAUAACUCUCAAGGUAAUUUUGUAAAUGAAAAUGAUAAGAAUUUACCAUCCUCUGAUAUUCCAGAAUAAGGAAUAACUCUUUGCUAGCUCACUUCAUUAUCACAAUAAUAUUUUUUUUAAUCUGUAAGGAAUUCUUAAAAAUCUGUUAAAGUAUAUCUUACUAAUAUUGAGCUAGCAUAAGCUGCGGCAGUUCCUCAUGCCUGAUUUGGAUUAAAAAUAUGAAGAUAAAAGGGUCUACUUGAGAAAAACUUAGUAAGCAAUGACAAAUAAACAAAGAACUCUGUCUUACACGCUUGGUUAUUUGCUAAUUAACUGCGUGUUCAAAGAAACCCUCUAGAGAUGUGCGACGUAUAUGGGUUAAUGUUUUUGUUACAUUUGUAGCCCUUGGUUCUUGUGUCUGUGUUUGUCUUCUGAUCAUUUAAUGGCGGUGACCGGCUGAGAAGCAUGUCGUGGAUGCUUUGUCCAAUCGCAGAGCUUGAUGAUGUGGCUUGAUGAAUGCAACUGAUGACCUGCGAUGACCAGCACAUGACCUGCUUGCUUUACUGUUUGAACUGACUUUCACAUCUUUGUUGCUUGUGAAAUAUCAUUGAUAAGGAUUUAGAGUGUUUUCCUCAUUUGAAAAGUUUUGUUCAUAAAAUAUAAAA